GUUGUAAAUGUCGACUUCAGUUCCCUCAGUUUUAAAAGAAGGAAAGAUAGAAAGAGAAAGAGAUAACUAUUGCAUUGCACUUGCACUUGCACUUGCACACAUACACUGAUAUAUGAAUGAAGGUACAAUUUACUAAACAAAAAGAGACAGGCAUAGAACAAGAGAAAGAUGGGUCACCAUUCAUGCUGUAAUCAACAGAAGGUUAAGAGAGGCCUUUGGUCACCUGAAGAAGAUGAGAAACUCAUUAGAUACAUUACUACUCAUGGUUAUGGUUGCUGGAGUGAAGUUCCUGAGAAAGCUGGGCUUCAAAGGUGUGGUAAGAGUUGUAGGUUGAGAUGGAUAAAUUAUUUAAGGCCUGAUAUUAGAAGAGGAAGGUUUACACCUGAGGAGGAGAAGUUAAUUAUAAGCCUUCAUGGGGUUGUUGGUAACAGAUGGGCUCACAUUGCAAGUCACUUGCCUGGUAGAACAGACAAUGAAAUAAAAAACUAUUGGAAUUCAUGGAUCAAAAAGAAAAUUAGAAAGUCAUCUUCUUCUGCUCCUAAUUUAUCAACACCAACUAUUGAUCAUCAUCAUCCUCAGUUGAUCAAUUAUAGUUCCAUUAAUCAACUAGAUAAUUACUUUACCAACCAAGAAAAUGUAACAACAAAAGAAACCUUAUUUUCAUCAACAUGUCCUUUAUUUAUGUUUGACACAAGUUCACUGCAUGAAACAACAGCAACAGACACCAAUGUAAUAAGACCAGAAGUACUAUUCCAUCAUGAUUCUGUGAGUUUGAGUUCUGACACAUGGAACUUGAAUCACCAUGAUCAUCAUCAACAUCAUCAAGUUCAGACACUUCCUCCUCAUCCAGCUGCAAUAGCUUUUACAACAAUUCAUGAUACUAGUAAUUAUAAUCUUCCACCAUUGAUAGAGAAUAAUGUGGAAAACAGCAUGGUGCCAAUUGAUCAAGUGCAAUCUUGUAAUAUGGAUGAGGAAGGAGGAGAGUUAUUAACAUUGGAGUCAUUGCAAUUGCAAAGACAAGAAGAGUUGAAUGAAUGGGUGGAAACUCAACAACAAUGUCCUAGCUUUAUUUUCAGCUGGGAGAGUGUUGAAGGACAAAUUGGAGGUGAAGAACAAGUACUAGUACCAAACUCAUCACAUAUGGGAACACCUAAUUCACUUUCUCCUUUUCCUUCUUCACUAUUAUGAGAUAAGUUAUUAAUUAAUUAAGAAGAUUUUCUUCUGAUUAAUUAUAUAUAUCUACCUAACUAGGAAGAGCUUGUUCCUUCUCAUUUUGAUUUUCCACACUUUUUUUGAUUGCUGAUUGGAAAGAUUUGAGUGAAAAUAUAAUGUAUAUGUAUAUGUAUAACGAGGCUUGAAGUGUUUUGUUGAGUGUUUUGACAUGGAAGAGGAAAAAAGAAAGAGAAAAAUAAAUAAAGGCGAUUGAAACCUGUAGAAGGAAAGGUUAUUUGAUUUUGAAGAUACUUGCAUACAAAAGAUGUAUUGGAUCAUUUGGUAUUUGACUGUACAAAGUGCUGGUUUUUUCUUGAAUGAUAAAUAAUGGGUUUGCCUUUUCAA